UGGCGACAGUACUCAGGGACCUAUAAUAUUCUGUUCAAUUACAGACGAUGAACACAUUGCCAGUUCAUUGAACUGAGAGAUGUCGUUGAAAUAUUUGAAAAGCAUUAAGAGCUUUCAUUUUGAAGUUCAGCAAAAAAGGUUUUUAAGCGUCUGUUUAAAACCUAUUAAACAGUUGGUGCGAUUUGAAGGACCUGACACUCAAAAGUUUCUUCAAGGACUCACGACACAAAAUGUUACUUUAAAGAAACCGUUUUAUACAGGAUUUUUGAAUACAAGCGGACGUGUUUUAUUUGAUGCGUUUUGCUAUCCUGAAAGCCUUACAAAUACAGAAGUUAGCACGCCUAAUCAAAAACUAUUAAUUGAAGUAGAAAAGUUUAGAAUUGAGGAAUUCUUGAAACAUGUGAAAAAGUACAAACUUCGAUAUAAAUGCAAUGUUACAGCUGUUGAUCCCGAGGAGCUGAGCGUACAAGUGGGAUGGGAACAAGACGCAGAGAAGGUCAUGAGCGAUAAACAUAGUUACCCAUCUAUGUGGGAUCCACGAUUCCAAGGGCCUAUGCUGAGUCGAAGAGUUGUUUCGUCGUAUGCAUGUUCAUCGGAUGUAGCCUUGGAAGAGUAUAUGGCAUUCCGAUAUCGACAUGGAAUUGCUGAAGGCUCCAUGGAAAUAGCUCCUGGAUCUGCUUUUCCUAUGGAAAGCAAUUUGGAUUGGAUGAAGGGCAUCGAUUUUUAUAAAGGAUGUUAUCUAGGUCAAGAACUUACUGUACGAACUUAUCAUACAGGAGUUACACGAAAGCGAAUUCUUCCUUUUAUGAUAGAAGAAAGCAGCAGAAUCGCCGAUAUUCAGACGUCCUCCAAGCUAGGCCUUAGAGCUUCUUCUGCUGGUCGGGUGAGCAGUCGAUCACCUGGAAAGGUCUUGGCUACACAAGGUAUAUAUGGACUUGCAAUGGUAAGACUGGAAUAUUUAAAUCAACCACUUAUGUGUAAUGGGGUUCCUAUUCGAAUCAUGAAUGAAAUAUGGAAUGAACAAUUACAACCUUCGGACACGAAAACUGAAAAUUAAGAACCCUGAACCCUUUAUUCCUAGAGUAACCUUAGUGUUUCUCUUUUCUUUCUUACGUCUUACAAAUCAACGAAUCCAUCAAAUGAAUCUUGAUACAAAUUGUUCACUAAUCUCAAAAUUACUCGGGCAACGGAUGAACGAAAUUGUGGAGCCUCUCUUAUUUACGAUCGAUCUCUUUUAAAGCUCCUGUACAUCUUUUUUUGAAACAAAGUCAUCUGAAAAUAUUAUCUUUUGCUGUAUGUGUAAAUGAUAACCAGCAACUAGAUGAAUAACCAAACUACAGUGAACUGGAAAAAUUCAAACUAAUUUGAACUCAAUUAUAAUAUAAACAUUAAUUAAGAUCGUAUCAAUCUACUGCUACA